AUGGGGAGACAUCGACGUCAGCGCGCGACGUGUGCGACGUGCAUCGCGUCGCGCGGUGCCGCUCGAGGGCGCAUCGCGCGCGCGUCGACGUCGGGGCGGACGUCGUCGACGUUCGCGUCGCGCGCGCGUGGAUCGGCGAUUCGAGCGAGCUCGGAGGGCGCGGACGAGGUGGGCGCGAGCGGUUCGCUGGACGACGAAGGAAAAGAUUGGGCGGGCGGCGUCGAGUGGUUGGCGACGAUGGAUCCCACGAAAGCGGUGGAGGAGGAUCCCGCGCUUCGUGAGGGCGAGUUAGUGCUUCCGAUGUUUCCCUUGGGCUCGCACGUGUACCUGCCGGAGACGGAGCACGUGUUGAACAUCUUUGAGCCGAGGUAUCGGGCGAUGUACAAUGAGAUUUUGUUCAACGGAUCGAGGCGUUUCGUGGUGCCGAUGUGCGCGCCGAACGAGCAAGGUAAAUUUUCGAGCGUGGCGGCUGUGUUCUAUCUAGACGAUUUGAAGGAGGUGAGCGAGCAGACGAACGAUCAGGUGAAGUUUGUGUGCUCGCACACGGUGAUCGAUCGCGUGCGGGUCAAGCGCUCGCUGAACGACCGCGUGUGGGGAGAUCGAAGCUCGUUCUUGAGGGUGGUGACGGAAAAGGUGGAAGAUAUCGAUGCGGACGACGACUUCUCGAAUAAAGAAUCGGCGCUGGAGGAUCGAUUCAAAGAGAUGAUCGACAUGCAAGAGAAGGUUGACGAACCGAUUCGCUUCACGCAAGAAGUGGCAACCACGCCCAUCAGCGCAAAGCGCGACGGUAAAGGUUUCUGGAGGCUCGUGAGUCUGUGGCAAAGUUUGAUGCAGAGCCGCGUGCAGCAUCGCGAGAACGAGUUACAAGCUGGCAUCCAGAAAAUGUUGCGAAACUUUUUGGAAGAGAGCGGCGUCGAUCUCACCGACGGUCGAUCGGUACAGCUCUCCUUCGAGAGCAUCCCCGAUAACAUCAAGGCUGAGAUUCAGCGCAUGAACGAAGAGUACGGCGAAGAGCGCAUCGAGUUGUUGAACUCGGCCAUCUACCCAUUUCAAUACCUCGUCCAGAUGGACUCGCACGCAGCGCGCUUGGACUACUUCUCUGAACUCCUCAGCGAAGAAGAAAAACGUUUGGCCGCAAAGAACACGCUCCGCCUCAUGUUCAAUUCAGGCGAGUGA